CUCAAUCAAGCACUUCUUUCUUUCUUGUUUGGAAGAAAGCAACAAUUCCCAUUACUACUCCAUUACCAGUGAUUAUCAUAUUCUCAAAACUCACAGAAUCAUGCCUCAACAAUCUCUGGCUAUAGAUCUCCGCUCACUAAAAUCUGCUUUACAAUUUCUUCAAAAACUUUGCAGCUCUGUUUGAGAGAAAACUUCUGCAUCAUCACUGCACAAAACCAAAUGAUCUUAACUUAGGGUUUUGGUUCAUACUUUUGAAUCCUACUGCUUCAAACUUCUCGAAACUUUCAGGUGUAUGAUGACUCAUCAAAGAGGAGAGACGAUGGAUAGUGAUCCUGCAUUUGAUGAAUAUAAGUGCAGGUAUUACAAGGAGUUGACCCUCGGUCUGUUCAAAGUGAAGGUUUCAGAAAAGGUGUAUAAAUGUCCAUAUUGCCCCCAGAGCAGAGAAUACAGUUAUGAUGACCUCUGUAGGCAUGCAUCUCGAAUAACAAAAGAAUCAAAAAGCGCUGGUUUAAAAGAAAAGGGGAAGCAUAUGGGACUUUUAGAGUUUCUAGAGAGGGAUAUAAAGCCUUCUGAGUCAACCAGUCAAAUCUGGUCAAAUCCUCAUAUGGACUUGGAAGCUCUCUUUGAAGAAACGAGAAAAAGAAGUAAAGAACUUAUAAGAAGGACAGAUUCUGAUAUAUCUUUUAUAAUUCAACAGAAAGAAAUGAUCAGCAACAACUUUAAUAGAGAUCUUAAAAUCUUGCAAGAGAUGGCAAACAAGAAAAUCAAAAAGAUUAUCACUGAGCAUGAACAUAGCAAAAUGAAUGAAUUGGCAGGUUUGGAGCAGCAGAAUGCAGAUGAUAGGAUGUUGAAGUUGGUAGAUGAUCAAAAGAGAGAAAUAGAAAAACUUCAUCACCAAAUGAUCGAGCUUCAGAAGAAGCUUAAUGCUACAAAAGAGUUGGAAUUGGAGAUUAAUCAGAUGAAGGAAGCCAUUCAAGUGAAACACAUGAAAAAUGAGGAUUUUGAAGCAAACAAGAAAAUUGACCUCAAGACUCUUAUCGAAUUUGAAAUGGAAGAAGAAGUGAAAAAUUCAAAUCUUCUUUUGGGAUUAAAAACUAUCUCAGAAGAAAAGAGAAAAAGAAGCGAAAAAAUUCAAUGUGAAAUAAGUAGGACAGAUUCACUUAUGGCUUCUGUUAUGAAACAGAAAGAAAUGAUGAUCGAGGACUUCAAUAUGAUGAUUAAGAGCUACAAUAAAGAACAUAAAAUGACACAAGAGAUGACAAAUGAGCAGCUUAAAAAGAUUAACACUGAGUAUGAAAAAAGCAAAUUGCAUCUGGAAGAACGUGAAAAGGAACUGAAAGCAUGUGAAGCUAGAAACAAAAGUGAGAAAAAGAAGCUUGAAAAUGAGAUGAAAAUGAAGAAGGAAGAUGAUAGAAUACUGAAGCUGGCUGAAAAUCACAAGAAAGAAAUGGAAAAACUUGAGGAAAAAAUCAUGGAGCUUGAGAAGAAGGUUGAAGGUAAACAGGAAUUGGAAGAGGAGAUGAAAGAGAUGAAAGCAGCAAUGGAAGCAAUGGAGGAGAAGAGUAGUGAUGAGAAUGUAGAAGCAGAGAACAAGUCUGAAGAUCUGAAAGAAAAAGAAGAAGAAUUGAAGAGGUUGGAAGAGCUUCAAGAAGCCUUGAUUGUCAAUCAUAGACUUAGCAAUGAUGAAUUACAAGAUGCUCGCCAACAAUUAAUUUCUGGUUUGGAAGACAAUUGCAUUGGUGUUCGUGCACAUAAUGUUCGUAUAGGUGUGAAAAGAAUGGGGGAGCUUGAUGCAAAGCCUUUGAUUGCUUCUGCUAAAAGACGAUGUUUAAGCGAAGAGGAUACAGCCAAGUUUAUAUCUUUGUGGGAAGAUCGUCUCAGGGAUCCAAAUUGGCAUCCAUUCAAGGUCAUCGCCAUUGGAGAAGGGGAAUCCAAGGAAAUGGUGGAUGAAGAAGAUGAGAAUAUUGGCAUGUUGAAGGCUGAAUGCGAUGAGGAUGUAUAUGAUGCGGUUGUGAAAGCCCUAAAUGAGAUGAAUGAGUACAAUCCAAGUGGCAGAUAUCCAUUGGCUGAGCUUUGGAACAACAAAGAGAAAAGAAAGGCGACAUUGAAAGAAGGGGUGGAAUUUAUUCUCAGGCAAUGGAGAAUAUACAAAAACUUGAAACGAGAUUGAAGAGGACCACAAUUUAUUAUUUAUUGCAUAUUUCAACAAUUAAACACGUUACUUAAGGGGCUAAAAGAAGAAAUAAAAAUUUACAGUUUGUUUA